AGAUGGGGCAUGAGGAUCUACUUUGAUUGUCUCAUCCAGCUUACCUAAGGGGUGCUGUCUCAUCCAGAGGUUAACAGUCGAGUACCUGUACGGGGCAAAGGUUGAUGCAGGUCGGUCUUACUCUUUAGUACUGAGAGAUUGAUGCCACUCAGCUGUGAGAGAAGAGAAGCAGCUAAAUGAUGAGUGUCGAGGAAAAUCCCAUAGCAGCUGUAAAUGGUAACACUGACAGCUUAAAGACAAAGUCCACAGUCAUGCCAAAUGGAAAAACCGAAGAUCCACCUACAGCACCAACGUGGAGCCCUGAGCCUCCUGCCAAACCUCCAAGAUGCUACAAGCUCGAUGGAGCUGCUAAAGAGCCGUCAGCAGAGGAGACCAAGGCGGUUCCCCUGAUGAUGGAUGACUUGGCAACCACUUUGGCCCCCGCUGAGCAUCUGUGGAGCUCCAGCAGAGACCAGGCUGUCAGGCUGAGGAUGGAGGGCUCGGGUCCAGGCUCGGAGACUCCUGUCACCAUUCAUCAGAUGUUCCUGGAGACACUGGAAAGGUGUGGGGAUCAGCCGGCUUUGGUUUCCAAAAAAGACAGCCAGACGGUGACUCUGACCUGGAGGCAGUACUAUGAAGAAUGUCGUGCAGCUGCCAAGAGUUUCCUUAAGCUAGGACUGGAACGUUUCCAUGGAGUCGGCAUUCUGGGAUUUAACUCUCCUGAAUGGUUCAUCUCGGACAUCGGCUGCAUCUUUGCAGGGGGUCUGGCCACUGGUAUUUACACAACGAACUCGCCGGAGGCCUGUCAUUAUGUUGCUGCCAACUGUGAGGCCAAUGUCCUGGUUGUGGAGAACCAGAAACAGCUUGAAAAAAUCCUGAAGGUUAAAGAUCAGUUACCUCAUCUGAAAGCUAUUGUCCAGUAUAAAGGCGAGCUGCAGCAGAAAUCACCACUUCUCUACACAUGGGAUGAGUUUAUGAAGCUUGGAAAAGACGUGCCUAACGAGGCACUGCAGGCUGUGAUUGACAGUCUUCGGGCCAACGAGUGCUGCACCCUCAUCUACACCUCUGGAACCACUGGAAACCCUAAAGGGGUCAUGCUGAGCCAUGACAAUAUUACAUGGACGUCCCGUACUGUAUCCAAGAUGAUAAAUCCAAACUACAGCGAGGAGGUGCUUGUCAGUUACCUGCCACUCAGCCAUGUUGCAGCGCAGAUGAUUGACAUUUGGUGCUCAAUGAGUCUCGCAGGGACCACCCAUUUUGCAGAGCCAGAUGCCCUGAAGGGGUCGUUGGUGAACACACUGAGAGAGGCUCGUCCAACCGGUUUCCUGGGGGUUCCUCGGGUCUGGGAGAAGAUGCAGGAGAGGAUGAAAGCUGUUGGUGCCAAGGGUUCCCCACUGAGGAAAAGAAUAGCAGACUGGGCCAAGGCUGUCGGCCUUCAAUACAGCUACAGUGUCAUGAAUGGGGAGAACGUGGUGCCGUGGGGAUUCACGCUGUACAACAAUCUGGUCUUUAAGAAGGUUCGGGCAGCCCUGGGUUUGGACCGCUGUAGGAUGUGCUGCACUGGAGCCGCUCCCAUCACAAAAGAAACUUUGGAGUACUUCAUGAGUCUGAACAUCCCAGUGAAGGAGCUCUACGGCAUGAGCGAGAGCUCCGGUCCGCACACUGUCUCCAUCGAUGAGUAUCGCAUCGGAAGCUGUGGGAAGGUGAUACCGGGCUGCAGGACGAAGCUGGAGAACCAGGAUGGGGAUGGGAACGGAGAGAUCUGUUUCUGGGGUCGGCAUGUCUUUAUGGGAUACCUGAACAUGCCCGAAAAAACGGCAGAGUCUCUCGAUGAGAACGGCUGGCUGCACUCUGGAGAUCUGGGAAAGCAAGAUGAGGAAGACUUUCUGUACAUCACGGGAAGAAUAAAAGAGUUGAUCAUCACCGCCGGUGGUGAGAACAUCGCUCCUGUGCCCAUCGAGGACGCCGUGAAGAAAGAGGUGCCCAUCAUCAGCAACGCCAUGUUGAUCGGAGACAAGCUCAAGUUCCUCUCUAUGCUGCUGACGCUUAAAUGUGUAACAGACGACAACGGCGAGCCCACAGACAAUCUGAGCCCUGAGGUUUUGGAUUUCUGUCGGCAGCAUGGCAUCAAGGCCACCAAGGUGUCAGAGAUCAUUGCCAAUAAGGAGCCAGCUAUCUAUAAAGCCAUUCAGGAAGGUAUGGAGCGAGUCAACGCCAUGUCCACAUCAAACGCUCAGAAGGUCCAGAAGUGGGUCAUACUGGAACAAGAUUUCUCGGUUGGCAAUGGAGAACUGGGACCCACCCUGAAACUGAGGAGGCCCAUUGUUGUGAAAAUGUACCAGGACAAAAUAAACGAACUGUACGCAGCGGCUGCAGAAAGGCAGUGAACUGUUGAGCUGUGGUUCCUGGGGAAGUCGAAGACUCAUGUAUAAACCUCUGUCUGUCGAAUCAUGUUUAUGCUGUCAAAUAGUUACUCAGUCUCAAAGCAGCACAAUGUUCUUGCCUUAAACCUUUGGAGCAGAGCCUGGCCUUGCCACAUGGUUGGACUCAGAUAUCUUUUAAGAAAGUAAUUGUUUUACAUUUUUAUAGUGUUCAAUUAAUGUUUUAUAGGCACUAAUCCACUUUGGCUAUUAAGCUGCUCAAUCAUUAGAAAAAUGUGUACUUAUUAUCUCACGGCAUCUGUUUAAACUCUUAUCGCCUGUUUCUGCACAUCUUGCAAAAUGAUUCUCCUGGCCAAACGGGAGGUGAAAAGUUUGAAUAUAUUUUUAAAAAGAAACGUAACUGUCUGCAUUUAUUCAAUCAACCCCGCUGCAAAUUGUAAAUCCAACAUGAAUUUGUACAGUUUGACUCCGGCAAAUAUAUAUUUAUUAUUUUGCAAUAUGUUUUCUGUAAAUUUUGAGUAAAAGUGAGUGAUUUUGAGCAAAUCAGACUAAACAAUAACAGGAUGUCUUUCGUGAUGAAGUUUUGUAUUUUACAGUUUAAUACAACAUUGUGCAAGAAUGUUGAGAGCUAAAGGUGCCACAAUGCAACAAAUAAAUAAAAAAUGAACUAAAGCGGUGGUAGCCCCUUCCCCUGACUGUGAUAUGCAAGGCUGAAAUAUUAAUUCUUGGUGUAUUGCAUGUAACCAUAAAAUUGCUAAAUUAUUUGUGACAUAAUUACAUUUGCUUUUUAUAUAUAAAAUAAUUUUUUAUUGACAAUAUAUACAUUUUAUUAGAUAUUUCACAAAUUAUGUAUGUAAAGCAAAUAAAUUAAAUAUUUCUUAAUU